CUGCGUUUCAACGUGAGUAGAUUGUAAGUAAAAUCCCUAAGCCUGACUGAGUGAGAGCCUCCCGUUGUACUUCUGGUGGAGACUUUGGAGCUCCUCAUCUCCAAUGGCGUCUUCUUCUCUCUCGUCUCUCUCCUCCAUUCUAAGCAACCCUCACGGGUGCUCUCUCUGUUUCAAAGCCUCUACACGACGCUGCUUCGCUCUUACAUUCCUCUCCUCGAAACUAAUCCAUACUUGUUCUUCCUCUGCUGCUCUUCUCCCUCGUUGCCACAGCACGCAUCGUUUCGCACAAAAGCCGAUCAAGAGCAAGAAUGGGUUUGCCUUAAACCUUUCUAGAAGCUUUUCUGUUUCUCAAAUUGCUGGUUCUGGCAAGUUUGAUGGUCCGAGCCUCCAACAGUUCGUCUCCAACGCUCAAGCACAUGCUUCUCUUACCACUCCCGAAGCCGAAUCUGACACAUUCGAUUCUGAUGUUGCAUCAAAAGGUCGGAUUUAUCAUGAAACAUAUGGAUGUCAGAUGAACAUAAACGACAUGGAGAUAGUCCUUGCGAUCAUGAAAAAGUCUGGUUAUAAAGAAGUGGUGACUGAACCCGAGAGCGCGGAAGUCAUUUUCAUCAACACUUGUGCUAUCAGAGAGAAUGCUGAACAGAGAGUAUGGCAAAGACUUAACUACUUCUGGUUCCUAAAACGCGAAUGGAAAUUCAAUGUCGCUAAAGGAAGAGCACAGUCUCUGAAACCUCCUAAAGUUGUUGUUUUGGGAUGUAUGGCUGAAAGAUUAAAGGACAAGAUUCUGGAUUCUGAUAAAAUGGUUGAUGUGGUUUGCGGUCCUGAUGCUUAUAGAGAUCUCCCGAGGCUAUUGGAAGAAGUGGACUAUGGACAGAAAGGAAUCAACACUCUUCUUUCUUUAGAAGAGACUUACGCCGACAUAUCCCCAGUCCGAAUCUCAGAAAAUGCAAUUACCGCUUUUGUUUCAGUUAUGAGAGGCUGCAACAACAUGUGUGCCUUCUGCAUUGUUCCGUUUACAAGAGGCAGAGAGCGUUCACGUCCCGUGGAAUCCAUAGUCCGCGAGGUUAAGGAGUUGUGGGAAUCUGGUGUGAAAGAAGUUACGCUUUUAGGGCAAAAUGUGAACAGCUAUAACGAUGAUUCGUCUGAUCCUGAGUCAGGGGCUAAGUGGGAAUACAGUGAAGGAUUCUCGAGCAGGUGUAAAGUUAAAAACAUGGGUUUGCGGUUUGCUGAUCUCUUAGACAGACUCUCCGUGGAGUUUCCAGAGAUGCGGUUUAGGUUUACUUCGCCUCAUCCUAAAGAUUACCCGGACGAAUUGCUAUAUUUGAUGAGAGACAGAUAUAAUAUCUGCAAUCUCAUUCAUCUUCCUGCACAAUCUGGUAAUAGCAGAAUACUUGAACAGAUGCGUAGAGGUUACACCAGAGAAGCUUACUUGGAACUAGUUAAAAAGAUUAGGAGUAUUAUACCAGAUGUGGCUAUAACCAGCGACUUUAUCACCGGCUUCUGUGGAGAAACCGAAGAAGAGCAUCAAGAAACCUUGAGCCUGGUGAGAGCAGUUGGAUACGAUAUGGCGUAUAUGUUUGCAUACAGCAUGAGAGAAAAGACACACGCUCAUCGGAAUUACACAGACGAUGUUCCAGAGGAAGUCAAGCAGAGACGUCUAACAGAACUAAUAGAAGCAUUCCGCGAAACCACAGGUCCGUGUUUCGACUCUCAAGUCGGAUCAGUUCAGUUAGUUCUAGUCGAAGGACCAAAUAAGAGAGCGCCUGAGACGGAACUAAUCGGAAAAACAGACAAAGGACACCGAGUUUCGUUUGUCACAAAGCCUCUGUUUGAUAAAGCAAGUCUUCACAAUGAUGGGCUGAAAAGAAAUCCUGAAAUAGGGGAUUUCGUGGAAGUCCGGAUUGAGAAGUCAACGAGGGCAUCACUAUACGGAGAAGCUCUCGCCAUUAGUAAACUGUCCUUGUUUCACGAUGUAGGUGUCGAUGCUGUUGUUGCGUCUUGUGCAAGUUAAGUUAAAACUUUCGUUCUCUUUUGAUUCGAACAGUAUAGUUAUGUUUUUCUUUCUUCUGUAUACUUUGUUAUACUUAACCAAAUAAGUCUAUUUACAGAGAAGAACAUUUACUGUUUUUAGA